UCUCUCGCGCGCGCUCUUCGCGCCAGUCAGUCGGCCGCGGUCCGCGAGGCUGAAGCUCCUGGGGACACGACUCCUCGCGGUUGCUCCGCUCUUGCCGAUCGCGCUGCCGAUUUAGCUUCUCCCCCAACUCUGGACCUAGAGCGGCUCGCGUUCUGCAUAGUCUGUAGUAUCUCGCGUUAUGUAGCACGGCUAAUACAGGUGAGCCCAAGUCAUUGCCGAGGAUGAGGCGCGCGAGUUGAUCGAGGUACAACAAGACCGUCGAGAGCGAGCACGAGGAGCGUCGAGAAAAAGCAAAAGGCAAGAGUGCUAGAGCACAGCAUGCAGGAGUCGGGCGGACCAGCCACUGGUUGCUCGGCCAGCCGCGCGGUGGCCCGUUACAAGCCCCGUCGUCAUCCGUCGGAGAAAGCUGCAGCAUCAGCAGCCUCGACGUCGAAGGCGCCGACCCGCAGCGGUUCGUCGAGCAAGCGCUGCCGUCACUCCUGAUCCUAACUCGAUCCCGUCGACUGCAGCGUCGAGAUCGCGGGGGCGUCCUCGGUGAACCCGAGCGUGCUGUACACGGCCGAGCCGGUAGCCGGAGCCAGCAGCAGCGCUAAGACGGCGCGAGACAGCAGCAAGUCCCGCAGGGUGGCCCGGGUCGCCCCGUCGGCCUCGAGCUCGACGACGGCGCCCGGCGCCCCGAUGCACGCCGGCAGCUCGGAGCUGCUCCUCGACGCCAAGUGCCGGCAGCUGCUGCGCGACGAGCUCGCCGAGCAGGAGCAGCGCCGGCGCAAGCUCCUCGAGCUCGGCUACGGGGCCGCGAAGCGCCGACCGCCCCGGCGCACCUGCAAGCAGCGGCUGACCUUCUACGCGACCUCGAGCCUCGCCCUCGUCGCCAUCUCCGGGGGCUGCGCCCUCCUCUUCCUCGUGCCGCUCUACGUCGACCCGGCGAUCAGCACCCUCAGCGCGGACUUCUUCCCCGAGCCCGUCAUCUGCACGACCAGCAAGCGCGAGGACCUCUGGGGCCUGUUCAACUGCAGCUGGAGCAGCUGCAGGGAGGGCUGCACCAGCGAGGUCUACCACUGCACCCACAUCUACGUCACCUACACGCCCUGGAGCAACUCGAGCCUCAACGCCACCGAGGACGAGCUCGACGCAGUGCCGAGCAUCGGAACGACGAGGGAGGAGGAGCCCGAGAUCGUCGAGGCCGUGCUGCUGGUCAACAUCAAGGGCUGCGGCUACCCGCCCGUCGUCGACUGCGAGAACUUCACGCGGGAGCUCGGCUACGAGGGCUCGAGGUUCCCCUGCUACUACAGCCGGGUUAACGGCAGCAUCGUCAUGGCCGACUACGACCGGGACGCCGAGCUGACCAUCAUCAUGCACUACUUCGCCGCGCCGCUGGUCAUGACCCUCGCUACCACGGCGGUGCUCUGCGUGAUGCACUGCGACUGCAGGUGCCAGCCGCCCCCGAGGAGGUACCCGCCGGGCUCGAGGAGGAUCCCCUCCAAGUCAACCUCCGGCAGCAGGCCCAACGAUCUUAGCGAGCACUCGAUCAGUACGCGGGUGGAGCGCAGAGGUCACCCGGUGCACUGCGAGUGCGGCGAGGUCAUGAGGCCCUUGUGACGUCGCGACGAGACGGCCGAGAGCACCUUGGCCGCCUCUUGAGCGCAGCAUCGUCUUACCCUCGAUUUCUCCUUUUUUCCUCCCGCUUUAUCCUCUGCGAAAAUCCGACCUGUAUACAGGGUGUACAGUGUCUUCUGCGGAGGUAAACGCUCUCGGACGUCGCAUUCGAUUCGACGCUUUGUUAUCGCGAAACACGAUUGUCCGGCGUUUACCUCCCCGUGUCGUCCUACUAACGUUUUGACGAAGUUCGUGGAACGACAUCGAUCGCCGAGGCUCCGCGUGACGCUGUGAAAUGAAUCGUGCGUUUGCUUUUUUUUUAUUGUUAAUGGUGAAUAAUAUACUGACGAUUUGUAGUUGGAAAUUGCGAACCGACGUGUGGAUAAGACGCUUAAAAUUUGCCCGAUAACGUUAGCUUUAAACGCUACGACGCAAUGAGAGCUUAAAAGCAUUCCGCGAUUCAUAGUGAACAUAUACACAGCCAAACGAUGAACCCACAAAGUUACGGAAAAAGCUCGCUUCAAUUAUUGACACUAUACGUAACCGCCUGACCACAUCCAGAUCGGGCUACUCGCCGCUUGAAUAAAGUAGCGAUAAUUACGAGACGAUUUCAACGUUUAAUCCAUCGCGUUAACAAAUUACCAGCUGAUACUCGCGUUGAACGUGGUUUUCACCAUAAGAAGCCGCGAUAAAUCCUUUCCGCGAAUUAUUUAAAGCUCGUCCUCGGCUCUGAAAACCACGUUACCUCGAACUACUUUAAUUUACAAGAGAGUAUGUAUAAAAGUUCGAAAAUUAUGCGGAGAAUUUUUCAGACGUUUACCCAAGCUCGAGAAAAGAAUAAUAAUUUUUCAUACCUCGUCGCGGAGCAAUUUUCAGCUACAAAAGUUCUCGCGGCCGUAUUUCACAGUGUAUACGCACCCGCAAGCCUCGACUCCUUCCUUCCUCUUGGCCACUCUUUGAUUGGCUUGGUUCCCCGCUUCCGUCGAGGCUCUGCGCGUCUCUUCCGCUCGUCGUCGGAGUCCAUCUUGCCGGAAGGCUCAUCAGCGAAAUUGAGGUGAAAAUAUGCCCGGAAUCAGGAUAUCGACCGUCGUCCUUCCUGCGCUCUCCUUUUGCACUUAGAAUAGAUGUAUUACAACAUUUUAACGUAUUAUUUUUCAAAACAUAUCCUCCAAAUCAAGAUAUAAAUAUAUGUACAUAGCAAUAUAUUUAAUCGGUAUACGUUGACAAAAGAAAACAUAACAAUACCUAUAGGCUCCGAGUAAGAAAUAGGUCAAUUUUGCGACAAUUACGCGUGUCAUCGAGUUCGAUCGCGUUAAUCAAUAUUCGCCAGUUCGAUACACCACGCAACGAAUCAUCGCGAAUAUUCUCGAGUCGAUCCAUCACUCCGAGCCGUCUCGAAACCGCCAGACCUCUCGUCAUCGAUCCAACCCCUACAGCCGUCCACGCGAGCUUCUACCCUCUGGUAUACAGAGAAAAUAAAAUUUUCGUCUCUGAAAAACUUGAGGUCUGCUAUCGCGGCUCUCGGCUCAUUUGCAUAGUACAAGGUAGAGUCCCGCCGAGAGAGAGAGAGAGAGAGAGAGAGAGAGAGAGAGAGAGAGAGAGAGAGAGGACAGAGACGGAUCUCGAGCAACGUGCGCGGGAAACAUGCCAAAGUCGUGAUCCGCGACGCUUUGCUGAGGUUCGCGCGACGAGAGCAGCCGAUAAGCCGAUCGUCGCUGUGUGAGAGAUAGAGCUGUAUACAAUGAGAGAGUCUCGGCUUUGAACCUUCUCCGGUUUUGAGGUCAGUGCGUCAUUGUGUAAUUGGGAAAAUUCGAGACGCGACGAUGUCUUCGAUGUCGUGCAAAGCUCCGGGCUGCGUGUGAGAGCUUUUUGCUGACGAAGCGGCGGGUAUCUUUUGAAUGGCCUCGAUUUCGAUCGAAUUUCCGUGUCGCAUAAUUUCGGUAUGGUAUCUCUAUUUCACGCGCACCUAUAAUCUCGAGUGAAACUAGAAAGGAACGAGCGCUUGGAAAAAGGCCAAAAGCGCGCAGCGCAUCCAAUCGCAUUAUUGAUAAAAUCCAGAUAGCUAUAUACAUACAUCAGCCGAUAUCGAUAUAAGCGCGGGAGGAAUGCAUCUUCGUCAAAAAAAUCGCGUUUCCACCUCCGACUCGUCGCCUUCCUUUCACAUGCUAUAUACAGCUGUCGCCUAGGUUCAAAGUAACCGAAUGAGCGCGAAAAAUCGAAUUACGCGCCCAGGACGUGUUUUAACGGCUUUCAUGCGCUUCGCCUCGCUAUCCUCUCCAUAUGGAGGUGUCGCGUAAUUGACUCGGCGAAAAAUUAAUUACAGCGAGCGUGUGUCUGUCCGUCGUACUUUUGUGCCGAGAGAGAGAGAGAGAGAGAGAGAAAGAGCAGUAUAUUGAGUUGUCCGACUCGGCUCUCGCGGAAUGUGUAUAAAGGCUCGGCUGGAAAAGCGUAUAUUGGAUCGCGCGCUAUACUCUGUUUGCUUGAUUUGGGAUUAAAGUAUCAGUUUUAAUUAGCGACGCGCGGGGGAGCUAGGAUGGAUAUUAAAAUUGGAAACGCUGCCGCGGGGCGUAUACGGGAUGAAAGGAAUAAUUUGAAAGCAGCGACGUACUUUCCUAUUCAUUUGAUGAAUUAUUUUUUUUAUCGGACCCGCGCAUCUGGAUCGUAAAUUAAGCUGUCGAACUACUGGCGCGAUGACACCGGAUAUGAGAAAUAAGAGUUACGAGGUUGCGCGAAGCAAUACCGGUACAUGUGUAAAUCAAAAUUAUAGCUGAUCAUCAAAAACAAAUAGCUGCCCUGAUAAAAAUAGCUUCACGGUGCAUUAACCAUGGCCUAGCCGAGUUUCCUCCCAAACUUAUCGCGCUUGUUUUUCGGUAUUCGUCGUGAGUUUCCCGGCGCUGAAAAGUGGCCGCGAUUUUUCAUGAGAAAUUUACGAGGCCGAGAAGAGAGAGAGGCUCUCGCGGAAAAUCGCGCGGAAUACGUGAUUCCAAACACGCGCCGUCUCUAGCAUAUUGCGCUAUGAACUUCGCCUGUUAUAUCUUGUUUUCGCUAUUUUUUGCUUGCCCCGCCGGUGAAACGUUUCUUUGAAGCGUUUCUCGCUUAUAUAGGUAUCAACGUGUCUCUUUACGGGAAAAGCGAAUCGUCGAUUUCUGAGUAUAUCAAAGAGACGCAGUAAGGAGGUUGUCGACGAUAUGAUAUUAUACUCACGAGCGAAUAUUGAAGGUUAUAAUUGCCCAUCAUAAAGGAUAAAACCAAAAUAGUAGUCUUAAUGAUGGAGGAUCAGGGUAAAUUGAUAAGAUAUUUGUUUUGUGUUUUAUUUUUUAAUGAAUAUCUUUGCAGACUCGUGAUGACACGGUAUAAAUACGCACAAAAGAUCAUUGAAGCUAUCGAGUGGUAUACUGAAGAUUCUAUUUCAAUUUUUGAAGCUUUCCAUGAUUAUUUGUCAAUGUGAGGCCUAAGCUAUUAUAUUUAGUUGUUUUAGAAUUGAAAUCAAUUAAUGGCGUAUUUCAUAAAGAUUGCAAACAAAUAAGAAUAAAAUAUUUUUAUGCAAUUUACCCUAAUCAUUAAAAUUGUUAAUCAAAAUACUAAUAUUAAUGAAGCGUAUUUUUUCUUAAUUCUACGCUGCUUUGACCAUAUGAUUUCCAAAUAUUCACGUAUUGUACAUAAAUUAUACUUUGGUAAUUUUUGUACAGUAAGAGUAUAACAAUAACGUAUAUUUUGCUAUUGUCACAUUUCGUUAAGCAUGUAAUUAGAGAUCUAUGAGGGAUUGUUGACCAUAUUUUUGUAGUGCGAGAUUAAACUCAAAUCACCAAAUUACGCUAAAAGAGAUAGUUUUAUAGAUACAAAUAUAUUGCGUGGUAUAAAGGUUUCACUUGCGGCUAUGAAAAUCUUAUUUGAAUAAUGAAAAGGACGACAUAUAACAUAUACAAAAGAUGCCGAUAUGCCUUCUUUAUUCUAUACACAUAUAAUUAAAAAUUUCUAUGCAUAGAAUAAUAGACAUUAUAAACUUGGAAACUUUACCUUUCAAUGAUUUUAAAUAACAUAAACGGCUUUUAAUAUGUAUAUAAUAUGCAACGAUAAAAUCAAUGAAAUAGUCGUCACAAAAGUGCAAUAUAAUUAGCAAAACUAUUAUAACAAAAUUACUAACAAUCCUAUAAUUGAGUCACAAAAGGCACUGCCAAUGCUUUGAAUUGGUAAUUGUACGUGGACAUAAUCCACUUAUAUAUGACUAUAUAUUAUACGAUAAGAAAGAACGAAUUCAAUAUUACAAACUUUCAAGAUAAUAUUAUAAAUUUUUGUAACAUUUAAUAAAACUUUGUAUUAGCUAUCAAGUUUGAAAUGAGGAGCUGUUAAAGAAUUGUUUUAGUCCGAUGGUUUCUAAAAAUUCUUUCCAUUAAUUUCAGACCAUUAUAUUAAGAGUUAGUUCAUUGAUUUCGAACGAAAAUCUUGCAAGAACAGUAACUGUUGCGAUACGAAUUAAAUAAUACAAGUAGGAAAAGGUCGUGGUUGAUCCAUGAUUUUUAAAAGGCUAUAAACAAUAUGUAAGAGUAAAAUCAAUUAUGAUAGAAUAUAAAUACUGAAAUGGCACACCGAAUAAGGUCUUCAACAUUUUUAUACGAUGUUACAAACGUAAAACAUGCGAUUCACAUUUCGGUGUGCGAUUUGUUGAAUUCAUGAUAAAUUUACGGAAAAUAUACUAUAACAAUUAUAAACAUGAGAAUUAUGAUCCAGUAAUGUAUAUCUAGGUGCUAUUGUUAUAUAAGAAUAAAUAAAGUUAUGUCGCGUGAUUGCGAUGAGCGUGACGAGCAAAUGGCUUCUAAUAAAAUUUACCGUAUGAUUAAUGUACCAGUUAUUGACUUUGGCCUCAUUUCAAUGUUCUCCUAUAUAUUAUUAUUUUCUACCUUUCUCGUAGAACGAGCGAAUUACGAAAUAAUUAAAAAACUUGAAAUAUUAUUCUGUAGUAAAUUUUACUUAUAAUUCGCCCGAAAAUAUCGAGAUUUUCUCACUAUAUUAAGACAAUACUAGACUGUGGUUCAAGUACACGCUCGUAAAAUGAGUUGCAGUUACAGCAUGAGCGACCUUAAUAGCGGGUCUGACAAAACAAUUUUGGCAUAGUUGGCACACACCUCUAUAUAUAGCAAUAUGCGCGCAAAUAAUGACGAGGAAAAUGGGAAAGUGCCUAUGCGCCACCUAUCGUCGCUAGCUGAAGACCCGAAGAGUUUAGGCGGUGGGGGAAAGGCCAGGCCAAAACUGUUUUGUCUCACGGCUACGUACCCUCAACUGAUUCGGCACGUUCGUACACUGCGGAUUUUUUGCGUUAUCAAAUUAUGCCUAAUAAAAAGUAAAAAUACAACACUACCAGAUUUGUCUAAUAUAAUUAACGCGAUGCGACACGCUGCAUAAGCUGCAUUGCGGAACAAAUAUUAAACCGAGUAACGAGGUGUUAGAGGCACACUAUGUAAUGUAGAUGUAUCUACUCAAUCGAAUGUUUGUAUUUAGCUGGUCUAAAUGCAUCUUCGGCGAAUUAGUCAUAUAGCGAUUGUUUCUUGAAAAUAAGCGUAUAAAACGAAGAGUAUGAUGGAGAGAAAUAUACAUAUUCAUGACCGUCUAAUAACUGGUCGUUGAGAACAUAUAAAUUUACUGUGAUUUUUAUCGAUCGUUAUGCAAAUGUUGAGAUCAUCGAUAAGUGUAGUCGUUAACAUGUUAUUAUUGAUGUUGUUGAAUAUUGUUGUCUCGUGAGAUCGGACAAGUUUAAGCUGGGAAUACAUCAAACUUCGAAAUUAGCGUAUAAUCGAAAAUUUAAUCUAGCGUUAUUGCGAUUAUUACAACACUGCACAAACGAUAUUGCGGAAACACGGCUAAAAUGUAAACGUUUUUAAUUAGGACGAAAAAGUUUAAUUAAACCCAAACGAGGGAAAGCAGAUGUCAUUCUGCGUAUACUGUUCCAAGUGUGACUUCGUCAGGGGCCAGCUGCGUCUCAAUUGAUUUCCUUUUAAUCUAGCCCGUACAAGCUUUCAAUAUAUAUUUUAAACGCGUAGAUCGACGAUGUAUGGUUUUUGUAUCCGUAGACAGCCGUAACGCUGAAAUUCUGUAAGGACUAAACCGAAACGAUUAUAAUAAAAACUUUGGUUUGUGACUGACAUUUGCAUUGGAAUAAAAUACAAUAAAUAUAACAUUGUUGCGUAUACAA